UACAGAAUGGGCCACGGAAAAGUAGCCCGCCUCCAAUAUCUGUUAGCCAGGUACUUGUACUUAGGGCUCCGGGCUACUCUUCUGUGGCCCACCCUUUAUUAAUCCCCGUGAGGAAAUUUCUUACUGAUGGCAGCGCUCUCAGUCGCUGCCUGGCCACCCGGGUCAAUUCGGGGUUCAAUGUCUUGCCCAAGGACAAGUGUGGACUGGGGAGACCGGGAGUGAAAUUAUCAACCUUCUGAUUGGGAGAUAACCGCUCCACCUCCUGAGCCACAGCCGUCAUAAAAUAGUAGUGCUUUAACAUUUGGAGAAAGGCCGUUUUUAUGUCUCUUUGCUGCAGACAUGUGUAGAUGCCUUGGCUGAGAUGAGUGUGAAGGCUUUUGAGCUUGUCCCCGCUGUGGAGCGGGAUCUCCUCAUGGGUGACAAAGCUCGCAUCAACAUUGAGUGCAUUGAAUGCUGUGGAAAGCACUUGUAUGUGGGCACCAAUGACUGCUUCAUCCACCAUUUUCUGCUGGACGAGGUCACUUCCUCUAAAGGAAAACUGACUUACUCAGCUCAGAAGCUUCUGCACAAAUACCUGGGCCUCAAGAAACCAGUUACUGAGCUGCAUGCUGCCUCUGCUUUGGAGCGUUUGAUAGUGCUUUGCGAUGGAAUAGUGUUCCUUGUUGACAUGGUGACACUGGAGACUGUGCCCUCGGCGGCAGGAGGUGGAGCCAAGAUAAGAGGUGUGACAACGUUCUGCAUUAAUGAGAACCCAGUGAACGGUGAUCCAUUCUGUGUGGAAAUGGGUGUACUCUCAUCCAAGCGACGGACAGUGCAGAUUUUUAUGGUGUAUGAGGACAGAGUGCAGCUGGUCAAAGAGGUGACUACGCCUGAGCAGCCUUGUGCUGUUAGUGUUGACGGUUACUUCUUGUGCCUGGCACUUACUACACAGUACAUGAUCCUGAACUACAAAACAGGAGCCUCCCAAGACCUGUUCCCUUACAACAGUGAAGAGAGGAGACCGAUUGUGAAGAGGAUUGGCAGGGAGGAAUUCCUCUUAGCAGCGCCUGGUGGUCUGGGAAUGUUUGCAAAUGCAGAAGGGGCAUCUCAGCGGGCUCCAGUCAACUGGUCAGAGAGUGUGAUUGGUGCCACUGUGUGUUUUCCGUAUGUGGUGGCUUUGGAUGAGAGCUUCAUCACCAUCCACAGCAUGUUGGACCAACAGCUAAAACAGACCGUCUCAUUCAGGGAUGGACACAUUCUGCAAGACUUUGAAGGGAAGGUCAUUUUGGCUUCCACUAAGGCAGUGUAUGUCCUGGUCCCCCUGCCCCUGGAGGGACAGAUCCAAGACUUACUGGCCAGUCACAGAGUGGAGGAAGCACUCAUCCUCUUGGAGGGAGCACAGAGAAAUAUUCCCAAAGACAAGUUCCAGAUUUUGCACAAAAGAAUCCUCCAGCAGGCAGGUUUCAUACAGUUUGGCCAACUACAGUUUCUAGAAGCAAAAGAACACUUCAGGAGGGGUCAGCUGGAUGUACGGGAGCUGAUAUCUCUCUACCCCUUACUGCUGCCAGCUUCAUCUUCAUUCACACGCUGCCACCCUCCUCUGCACGGGUUUGCAGAUCUCAACCAUCUGGCACAGGGAGACCAGGAGAAAGUGCUGAAAUGCAAGAAAUUCCUUAUCAGUUAUUUGGGAGAGGUACGAAGCACAGAGGUGGCCAAUGGCUGUAGGGAGGACGUGGACACAGCACUGUUAAAGCUGUAUGCUGAACAGGAUCACGAGAGCCUUCUAGACCUGCUUGCUGCAGACAAUGCCUGCCUCCUAUCAGACAGCAUCCCAUGGCUAGAAAAAUAUCACAAAUAUUUUGCACUUGGGUUGCUUUAUCAUUAUAAUGGUCAGAAUUCAGCAGCACUUCAGUUGUGGAUUCGUGUGGUUGAUGGGGAUCUGCAAGAUUCCACAAGAGCUGAUCUUUAUGAGUACAUUGUAGACUUUCUCUGCACCUGCUCCGAUCUGGACCUUGUUUGGAAGUACGCAGGCUGGGCCUUGCAGAAGGAUCCCAUUAUAGGUGUUCACAUCUUUACCAAGAGGUUGAUUGGUAAAGAUCAGUCAGAACUGAAACCUGAUGAUGUUGUCAUUUACCUGGAAAAGCACAGCCAGGCGCUGCUUCUCUACUUGGAAUACCUGGUGCUGGAGAGAAGGAUACAGAAAGAGAAGUUCCACACACACCUGGCUGUGCUGUACCUGGAGAGGGUCUUGUCAUUGCUGUCAAAGUCACCAACUGAUGAAAAGCAGCUCCACGGAGCUAGAGAGAGGCUCCAAGCCCUGCUCAGGGAGUCCAACCUAUACCGUGUCCAGUUUCUUUUAGGUAAGAUAGAGAAAUGUGAACAACUGCUGCUAGAGCGUGCAACACUACAUGGAAAACUGGAGGAGCAUGAUAAAGCCCUGCAUAUAUUGGUGCACAAGCUCAGAGACUUUCCGUCCGCUGAGGCCUUCUGUAUAUGGGCUUCAUCUUAUCGGGAUUCUGCUUACCGACAGCAACUAUUUCACCUGCUCUUGGGGGUGUAUCUAGAUGGAAUCCCUUCUGGAAAACCCCAGACAGCAGCAGGAGGUGGCAGCGGAGACCUGGAGAUGGCAGCAGUGGACCUCCUAAAUCGGCACGGAGAGGUGUUCGAUGCAGUCCGUGUCCUGCGCAUGCUCCCUGAAGGCUGGUCGCUGCAGCUGCUGCGGCCCUUUUUAGGUCGAGCUGUCAGGGCCAGUAUGCAUACCUGCCGUACUUCCCAGAUUGCUGUGGGGCUAGCUCGCUCUGAAAACCUUCAACUGCUACAUGAUAGGUUGAAAGAGAGGAGGAAGCCCAUUUUUGUGUCUGAGAAGAAAGGAUGCCACCUGUGCCACAACACUUUCAGCGAGCCUGACGUGGUGUGUCUACCAGGUGGAGUGCCUGUCCAUACUCACUGUGUCGCCCAGAGAGUAAGAGACCCUCUGACAAAGAGACAGUUAACUAAUAGCAGUAAACAUACGUGAGCCUUGACAUUUCAAACGUGAUCUGUGAUUGGAGGCACCAAACUAAAGCAGGAUGGCUGAGGACUGUGCGGAUUACAAAAAGCACAGGACGCAGUUGCUGUAGUAGAACCUGCUAUGGGGUUAAUGAGAAACACAAAGAAAGCUGCACGAGUGUGUACGUGUGUAAUGGGAGAAACGGGUGGCUUCAGUCUCUUUGUCAUUUGCUACAGUUGUACCAUGCUUUCAGACUGCAGGUCUUUAAAGAAGUUAAAAAAGAAACAGCUAAGUCACCAUGCCCUUUAAUUUAUUUAAACAGAAUUAAUUAAAGACAGGUUUCUGUGCUUACCUGUGGGUUCAAUACCGCUCCUGUCCUUGUCUUCGCUUCUACUGUUUUAAACCUGAAUUUGAGAAACCGCUCAGACUGUUACAGCACACAGCAUUUGAAUUUUGUCGCAAAUAUUUCUGAAGCAUGAAUACUAUCACCACUCUUAUGGUUGUAGUCAAAUUAACUCAUGUGGGUAAUGUAUUAAUUUUGUCCUAACUUGCACAUUGCACUGUUAGAUUUUAAUGUGAAAUACUACAAAGACUCAUCAGUACUAAUGGAAGUGGAGUCUUUUAUGUCUGUCUUUUACUCUCUGAGAUCUUGUCACACUGCUGCUUUAUUUUCCUGUCAGCCAGAAGGGAAAUGUGUGUUGUAUUCACUGCAUUUCAGUUGGUGACUUAUUGGUAUAAAUUUGAUCCAGAGCUGUUAUUGAGCUUAUUGUCUGUGGAGUAACAACAGUGUAAAACACUACAUGAAAUCUAUUAUUGCUCCACUAAGCAUCAUUAAGUGUAAGUGGCGAUUCAGUACUCAAACUCCCUCAAGGACCACUCAGACUGACAUCUAAACUUUCUCCAGUUAAUCUUGACUGGUAAAAUGUCAGUAGAGAUGUGAAAGUAUCAUCAAAUCAUGUGAACUCAAGUUUCAGAAAUUUUGUCUAACUUUGGAUACCCAGUGAAAUAAAUAGAGAGGGAUUUUCACUGCC